CCUACAUUUACUGAAGCAACACAGGCUGUUUAGAUCAGAGAUCAAAAUAGUUUCACUUCUCAGGAAAAGAAACUCAGACAGUCAUUGUUACUGAGAGGUGAAAUGGCGCAGCAAGGAGCUCAGCUGGACAGAGAAAACUUUUCUUGUUCAAUCUGUUUGGAUCUACUGAAGCAUCCGGUGACUAUUCCCUGUGGACACAGCUACUGCAUGAGCUGUAUUAAAACACACUGGGAUGGAGAAAUUCAGAGGAAAAUCUACAGCUGUCCUCAGUGCAGACAGACAUUCAGACCGAGGCCUGUCCUGAUGAAAAACACCAUGUUAGCAGAUUUAGUGGAGGAGCUGAAGAAGACUGGACUCCAAACUGCUGCUGUUGAUCUCUGCUAUGCUGGACCUGAAGAUGUGGCCUGUGAUGUCUGUACUGGGAGGAAGCAGAAAGCCCUCAAGUCCUGUCUGGACUGUCUGGUUUCUUACUGUGAGAAUCACCUCCAGCCUCAUUAUGAAUCACCUACAUUCAAAAAACACAAGCUGGUCGACCCCUCAGAGAAGCUCCAGGAGAACAUCUGCUCUCGUCAUGAUGAGGUGAUGAAGAUGUUCUGCCGUACUGAUCAGCAGAUUAUCUGUUAUCUCUGCUCUGUUGAGGAUCAUAAAGGCCACGACACAGUCUCAGCUGCAGCAGAAAUAACUGAGAGGCAGAGAGAGCUCGAGGUGAGUCGACUAAACAUCCAGCAGAGAAUCCAGGACAGAGAGAAAGAUGUAAAGCUGCUUCAACAGGAGGUUGAGGCCGUCAGUCUCUCUGCUGAUAAGGCAGUGGAGGACAGUGAGGAGAUCUUCACUGAGCUGAUCCGUCUCAUCCAGAAAAGAAGCUCUGAUGUGAAGCAGCAGAUCAGAUCCCAGCAGGAAACUGAAGUGAGUCGAGUCAAAGAGCUUCAGGAGAAGCUGCAGCAGGAGAUCACUGAGCUGAAGAGGAAAGACGCUGAACUGAAGCAGCUCUCACACACAGAGGAUAACAACCAGUUUCUACUCAACUACCCCUCAGUGUCACAACUCAGUGAAUCUACAGACUCAUCCAGCAUCGAUAUGUGUCCUCUGAGAUACUUUGAGGAUGUGACAGCAGCUGUGUCAAAGCUCAGAGAUAAACUACAGGACAUCCUGAAGGAGGAAUGGACAAACAUCUCACUGACAAGGACUGAAGUGGACGUUUUACUGCCACAACCAGAACCCAAGACCAGAGCUGAGUUCUUACAAUAUUCACAUGAAAUCACUCUGGAUCCAAACACAGCACACACACAUCUGUUAUUAUCUGAGGGGAACAGAAAAGCAGAACGAAUGAGUAAACAACAGUCUUAUUCUAGUCAUCCAGACAGAUUCACUUAUUGGCAUCAGGUCCUGAGUAGAGAGAGUCUGACUGGACGUUGUUACUGGGAGGUGGAGUGGAGCGGGAAAGGAGCUUGUGUUGCAGUCGCAUACAAGAAUAUCAGAAGAGGAGGAAACUCAAAUAAAUGCAGUUUCGGAUACAGUGACAGAUCUUGGGCUUUAUAUUGUGACACUAUCAGUUCUACAUUUUUCUUCAACAGAAUGACACCUCCUGUCUCAGGUCCUGGUUCCUCCAGAGUAGGAGUGUACCUGGAUCACAGAGCAGGUAUUCUGUCCUUCUACAGCGUCUCUGAAACCAUGACUCUCCUCCACAGAGUCCAGACCACAUUCACUCAGCCUCUCUAUGCUGGACUUAGGCUUGGUUGUUCUCAGGGAGACACAGCUGAGUUGUGUAAACUCAAAUAG